AUGAGAGCUGCAUGGACUUCUUUUUGAUCGAGAUGGUCGAUACGAUCUGCAGAACAGCCUCGACCGAAACUGAUGCAGAUAGUGAGGCUGUAUUUUACAAACUUGAGACCCUUGGUUAUGCGGUUGGGCAGAGACUUGUUGAAAGAUUUACAAAAGACAGGCCCCGUUUUGCGGAUACGUUAGAUGUAGUCAAAUUCAUUUGCAAAGAUUUUUGGACAAUUAUGUUCAAGAAGCAGAUUGAUAACCUGAAAACAAAUCACAGGGGUGUGUAUGUGCUACAAGACAAUAAUUUUAGAUGGUUUAUGCGCAUGUCCACUGAUAUCGGGGGUGCAGAUUCAGCUAGAAAGGCAUCACCAUAUGUCUGGUUUCCUUGUGGUAUCAUUAGAGGAGCACUCGCAAACCUUGGUGUUCCGAGUGUGGUAGUUGCAGAAACUUCUAACCUUCCUCAAUGCACCUUCCAAAUCAAGAUUGUACAAUAAGGAUUUCUCCGAUGUCCCUCUUUUUCUUUUUUUUUUUUUAAAAAAAAAGAAGGCAAUGCGCAUAAUGAAGAAUCAAUACCCCCUUCCCCCGCUUUUUUUUGUCUCUCUCUCAAUUAUUGAUGGUGUUGGAAUGAAUCGAUUUUGAGUCUGAUUUAUCAGACCCAUGAUAAUGCUAAUUUAAUCAAAGCUUAAACUUGCUAUUCUUAAUUUUGGCGAUAC